GGACAAUCGAAAUGGUUAACACAUUUAUUGAAGUUGAUAUGUCAAAGUACUUUUGGUCAAAAAUUUUCCGGAUGCCCUUCAUUGCAUCUACAAAACUUUCCUCUUGACGGCUUCUAUGAGAUUUUUGUUUCAAUUCCAGUCCAUAUUUCACAAAAUAAUGAUCGUCACUCACUUUUAGGACAAACAGUUCAGGAACUUUACGUACUAAUAGCAAUCGUUCGAGCAGAAUGUAGACGCAUGUAUACCAAUGGCUUUUGUCUUGUGACUGCAAAUACGUAUACCAAAGAGGUUAGGUAUUGAAUAAAAAGACAGUGCAUAACAUAAAGGUCUAUCAAGAAGAGUAGACUAAACAUUUACUUCAUGGUGCUUUAUUCAAAUAUUUUUGAAUGAAUAAGCCGUCAGAAGGUAAUAGACAAUUUUUCAGAAAAAGUCUAGUGUUCUCAUGAUUGUUUUACUGAUAUCAUCUACCAAAAGGAAACGAAUAUCACAAUACUGGGAACAAAACUUAAAAGGUUGCUUUAGAACACACUUGCACCACAUUACCAGUUAUCCACAUAUUGAAAAUACUGAACACUUUUAUUCAAUAGAGAUGAAAAGCAAGAUAACAGAACGGUACAAACCAUUUUGUGAAGUCCGAUAUAUACAUUUCUAUAUUAAAAAGUACAUCUCACGUCGAACUUGCAAUUUAGGACAUUCAAAAAUGAUCGUUUUAGUUCGGUAAUAUCGAUGAUAAUUGUGACUUUUGUGAACUUGUGAGUUGAUCUGGGAAAACAAUAUGAAACUCAACUAUCAUGUCACCUAAACGACUGGGUUCUUUUAAAAAUGGAAGACCUUGGUGUGGAAUACGCCGAAUGGUUCCCGGUUUGAUAAUUUCAUUCAAUGGUAGGUUGAUUUGGCCUUCAUCAAUAGUAGGUAUUGGGAUGAUACCACCACAAAGUGCUUGUUUCAAGCUAAUUUUAGCGACAUAACGUACAUCACUGCCUUCACGCUUGAAAUGUUUAUGCGUUCGAUCUUUAACAACAAAAAUCACGUCAGCCGGAAUGUUGCCU